AUGUCAAACAUAAAAUCUUUACCAGAGUUAUUUGUGGAGGACCCGCCGCGAGGUCCUCGGCACCGUCCGCUGCCGCCGUUGCUAACUGCAACCGAGCCGGGCACCUGGGCUCACGAUACCAUGUCGAGGCGGAUUCGGGAGGAAAUUCUCGCACGGAUUUUCCGCGAGAACACGUUUUUCUCUGGCGCUGUUCUUGACCGACUCAAGCAACUUGAUCGCGAGCUCGCUGAGCCAACAGCGCAUCGGCUGCGUCCUCUCGAAGAGCCGCCGCCAGGAGGCGGCCCAGCACCGGACCUCUUCACUUGGAACCGUCGGAUUCUGGAACGGUUUCACGACUGCAACUGGCUUUCAAGCCCCUGGUGUAUCGCAGAGUUUUACUUUUAUCGUCGAGUCAUGGAAGCCGUCGAGUACUUCUCAACAAAACUGGACCCAUUCCGAAAACAGAAGGAGCUGGGGGUGAGCGCCAAUACCAAGACCAUGGAUGAAUGGGCGUCUCGGGUGCUUCCGCUUCUACAGACGCCUCUGCGCAGAAGCACGGAGCGAAAACACUGGUUCACUCACUUUGUUCAGAUCGCUCUGAACGGGAAUCGGAUGGAUUUGUCGCUGUGGCCGGUGGGCGGCGAAACCCCUGCCGUCGAUACCGAGACCGGUGUCCGUCUACUCGUCGACGAUGGUGAGCGGCUUUGGGAGUAUGUCGCGGCGAGUAUGCCGAUUGCCGAAAUAGGAAUUAUCGUGGACAAUGCCGGCAUGGAACUAUUCUCCGAUCUCCUACUCGCGGACUAUCUCGUGCACAGCGGCAUCGCUGAGCGUGUCGUAUUUCACACCAAAGGCCAUCCGACGUUCGUGUCGGAUGCAACAGCCACAGAUUUGCACACGAUGGUGCAGGUCCUCGGUGACAUGCCCAGAGAUAUGCCUCUGCAGCGCUUGGCGUCGCGCUGGGCCCGGUAUCUGGGUGAUGGAUCCUGGCGCUGUCGCGAUGAUCUCUUCUGGGCGCAGCCGCAAGCAUUCUGGGAAAUGGAUGAUCCACUCUGGGACUGUAUCAGGCAAGAAGUGCUCGUUUUCGUCAAAGGCGAUGCAAAUUACAGACGGCUUUUGGGUGAUCGCGCCUGGCCGCUGAGCACUCCGUUUUCAGAUGUAGUAUCGUAUUGGCCCAGCGCAAUCUGCGCACUCCGAGCGCUCAAAGCCGAGCUUGGUUGCGGCAUUCCUGCGGAGGCAGCAAUGCGUGCCGCAUGUGAGGAUCCCAAAUGGAUGGUUAACGGACGUUGGGCGUUGGUACAGUUCUUUGCUCAGCGCCAAUCCGACGCCCGCGAUACGUUGUAG